AUGGCGGUGCAAGCGAAGCGGGAAAUGUGGACGUUUCAGCGCAUUUCGUCGUCGUCGGUGAACGCGCGGUUCGAUAGGAAUGGGGACGUCGAAGGGUGGUCUUCGUUGACCGCGCGAGGCGCGCUCGGCGUUGACCCGACGGCGGCGGAGGACGACGAGGAAACGGAGAGCGCGCCGACUUACGAAGGGCUCGUGCGAUGUUUUGGGUUCGGGUACGAUGCGGUUAAAAACGAGGUGUCGAUCACGCUCGAACUCAUGCAUUUCGGAUCGUUGGAAGACGUCGUGAGGUUGCGCGGGUCGAUGCGUUUCGCGCCGCGGGCGGCGAUGUGCGCGGCGAGGUGCGUCGCCAACGGGUUGGCGUAUUUACACGACACUCUCGAGAUCGUACAUCGCGACGUGAAGCCGAGCAAUGUGUUGAUAAACGAGUGCGGGGAGUGUAAACUGAGCGACUUUGGUCUGUGCACGCCCUUCACGGGUGGCGAUGUCGAAGACGACGCGCACGACUCGCUCGGAACCAUCAUGUACAUGUCGCCCGAACGCUUGGAAUCGAGCGCCGCGAGAUGCGGGCCCGAAGCCGACGUCUGGGGCAUGGGUCUCACAGUCCUCGAAAGUGUCAUGGGAAAGCACGUGUUCGAUAUCGAAGACGGCGGCCCACUGGGGUUGGUGAUACAAAUCAUGGACGACGACAUCGACGUCGCCGGCGCCGUCGACGGCGAAGACGCCGUCUCAAACGCACUGCGCGCGUUGUUAUCGGCGUGUUUGCGUAAGGAUCACACCAAACGCAUCACCGCGAGUGAGCUCAUCGAUGCAUCACCGACGUCUACGUACCGCGAAUUAAAGCUCAAUUCUUACACUUGCGCCGACAUGCGCCAGUAUCUCUAUCCGCCGCGGCGCGGCGAGAGUAAAGUCACCAAGGUCGUCGUCGAAGAGAGGACGACGUCGAGGGAAUCUACACCGUUUCGAUUCGACGAAUAG